AUGAAAACAAAGUGUAAAGGACAUUGUGAUCAGACAUUGGAUUGUCAUUUAUGUGGUAUUUGCUCUGCAAAAUUUUAUAAUGUUGAACGGUUCAUUGAACAUAAGAAAAAUUGUUCAAAUUCACACAAACAGAGUUCGGCAAUAACAUCAAAUCCGGAUGCGGAAUCGGUACCAAUCGAUUUAUCGAAAAAACAUGCUUCAGAUGAUCUCGAUAGAAAAAGUAUUCUAGAAGACAAAUCAAAUUUGUUGUUUGAUCCUUUACAAACAAUACAAUCUCAUCAACAGCAACUAUUGGAGCUUUAUGCGCAAUUGGCAGCAAGUCACAAUAGGCACACAGAUUCGGAACAAAGUAGCGAUGAUGGCGGUAAUACUUCUUCAUAUGUCUUAUCACCGCCAUCUAGUAAUGGUAUCGCAGAGAAAAUUCAUCCUUGUGUUGCUGAACGAUGUCCACAGCAUUUCUCAUCUCGUGGUGCUUUGCUGUGGCAUAUUCUUCGGCGACAUCCCGGUGAAAAGCUUUUGCAAUGUAAACAAUGCGAGGAACGGUUUCCUGAUCCUGAACAGAUACACGAGCAUCGCUGUGACUUGCUGCAACGUAGUGCUUCCACAGGUGUCCUGGAACGUGGCACGUCACCAGAUGCAGAUCGUGGCUCGGUACCAGCUCGUUUGCAAACUUCCUACACGCUGGUAGCAAGAAGUCCGGAUGCUAUUGCAAGCGAUCUGAACUAUGGUGGCACGGUACCUGUAAAUGCUCUAACGUCGGUUCCAGCACCUCCAGCUCCUGCACCUCUUUCACGAAUGUUAUUUUCGCAACUUUUUGGUGCACCAACUGCAACUGCAGUGGUUGCUGCAACAGCUGCUGCUACAGUCCCGUCAACGUCCGCUGCAGUGAAAGAUACCGUAUUGGAUCUGUCCAAUUCUGCACCAAACAAACAACAACCGCAGCAGCAACAAUUCCUACCAAUACCUGCUAUUCCACAGCAAUUUAUCAGGCCACCCUUCAGUUUUGGUCAAUUUGCGGCAGCCGCAGCAGCUACACUACGUUCCGCUCCGCAUCCCGACUUAUUUCUAAACGGUCCUUCAUCCACACCACUACUAAACAAUGACGAUGAUUGGGAGGCAUUAAUGGAAGUGAGUACAACGGAUGAAUCCGAGAAAAUACGGGCAUUAGUUGGUGACAAAGCUUUACCAACAACAGAUCCCAAUCAGUGCUUGCUAUGCAGACGGGUACUUUCGUGUAAAAGUGCUCUGCAAAUGCAUUAUAGGACACAUACUGGUGAACGUCCUUUUAAAUGUAAAAUAUGCCAACGAGCAUUUACAACAAAAGGUAACCUCAAAACUCAUAUGGGUGUUCAUCGAGCCAAGCAUUCCUUUCGUGGACUUGCUGCCGCCACAACAAAUGUCCACCAUCAGUGUCCCAUCUGCCAGAAACGAUUCUUCACCGCUCAUUUGCUUCAGCAGCACGUUGCACAACAUACGAAUCAGUCAAGCAGGAAUGGUAUUUUAACACCGUUUGAAGUACCAGUAGCUUCUACGCAAGGAUUCGAUCGACGUACUGAGCAACAUCAUCCACCUUCGUCAGCUCCCCCAUCAAAUGGUACUUCUUCUAUGCUUCAAGUAAAUGCUGCAAAUUUGAUGUUACCUAUGAAGAAUGAUCUUGUGUCAACACCAUUCAUGCCACCUUUUCCGUUCUUUCCGCUUGGUUUACCGCGUGGUCUUUCAAGUCCGAUCGCUGCUUCCAGCGCACCUCAAACAUCACUUGGAUCAAUGCCAUUUACAAUUAACCAUCAAAUUAGCCCAAAACAAGAAGAACAUCAACACCAACAACAGCAAUUGCAACACUCGAUAAAAUCGGAAUUAUUACAACUACCAUUACCAGUAACCACACGGCCGGAAUCACUACCGACCGCACCGUUACGUCUAGAAACUUCACCAACUGUAUUUAGUCUAUCCGGAAAAUCAAUCCAUGCUACAAAAGAUGAUGAUGAAGUAGCUUCAACCAGUAGCUCACAUAAUGGCUUAUCGCUACCGCUGAUAGCAACAGCAUUAUCAGCAAACACAAAUGAUCCGGUGGCAAACUGCACCGCCUGCUACCAGUUUUUCCCAAAUCAGAUUGCACUAGAACUACAUAUGAGAACUCAUUGUGAAGAUACUCCAUUGAAGUGCUUCAUUUGCGGUACCACCUAUACGACAAAAGGUAAUCUGAAACGGCAUAUGUCAUCAAAACAUCAAAUUCAUUAUCCUUGUUCACCGGAUGCCAACUCUAAUAACAGUGAUGAUGAUGAUGACGACGAUGAUGACGAUGAUGAUAAUGAUGAAGAUGAUGAUGACGAUGAAGAGGAAGAUCAUGCUUCAUUUACUCAAGCUGGAAAUGAACAAAUGGAUACCUUUGAAAGUCAACAUGGUAUAUCAGAAUCCACCGAUGAUGACAAUUCACCAGAACAACAACAGCAGCAACAAGAACAACAACAAGAGGAGGAGGAAGAAGAACAGCAGCGGAAUGCGGAAACUUCGGAUGAUAAGCCGUCCCCGACAUCGUCCGUGUCCGCUGCAAUUCCUCCACCUCUCAGUAGCACACCGAAUCCUUUAGAUGCAAUGCAGAAAAUGUGGGCGGAAACUGAACCACCACCUCCGCGACAAGCUCCUGUACUGUCGAAACACCAAUGUGGUGUAUGUUUCAAGCACUUCAGCAGCAGUUCCGCAUUGCAAAUUCAUAUGCGAACUCAUACCGGUGACAAACCCUUCAAAUGUGAAGUAUGCAAUAGAGCGUUCACGACACGUGGCAAUUUGAAGGUACACAUGGGUACCCAUAUGUGGCAACAAAGUCCGUCCAGGAGAGGUCGUCGGAUUUUUGAAUUUGGUGCCGACAAUAUCUUGCGGUCAGAGUUACUACCAGCAUUCGGUUUAGGUGCCGAAGGUGCAUUUCGUGUCGGAUCUUUCGAUCCAAAAGUUAAUUCAUUGCGCUCCGGGAGAUUUGGCUUAGAUUCACCAUCAUCGCAAUCUACUGCUAUACCUCCUGCACCGCCACCACCACCAUCACCAUUUUCAGUUUUACCUUUUCCCUUACCACUUCUACCACAAGUAAGCAAUGCCGGUGCUUGUACUCCAAAUCAAAUGGAUACUGUGAUGUGGAUGUGGAAAACGGUUUGUUCGGUGUGCCAAAAAAUUUGUGCUUCUCCGCAAGAACUUGAAAAGCACCUGAAACAACAUUUAAAUGGUACCUUACGUACCGAUAAUACAAAUACGGCGAAAGUUACCCCAUUGUUACAAAAAACCGAGUGA